CAUACAUUGAGAGUCGUCUGCAUGUUUUCUGGUGAUAUUAAUGUGCAUUGAAUACAGUAGCCUUGUUUUUAUCAUACUCAGACAUGCUUCAAAAUGCAGGGCUGGUGAAAUUGCUCUAGACACGAAGACUGAUAAUUGUGGCAUGGCGAUGAUCAGGCUGAAGUUACAGUAUGCUAUGGGGACAAUCCAAUUUGAACUAACUAGACUUGAUUGGAAAUGGAGCACAACGAUGGUCAGGAGGCCAUCUCAUUCAGAAGCAUAUCGAGAGGAAGCUCAUGAUGCUAACGUUACAACAUUUAGAGCGUUAGAAAUUGAGAAGGCAUACAUACUACAGAACAACAAACAAAAGAAUAGUAAAAACUAG